UCCGUACUGGGGCCGGCGGCCGGGUGGCGCCGGGCGGGAACCCGGGGCCCCGGAACUUGGCGCUGGAAGUUCCCCGUGCCCGGGUCCAGUGUUCGGGCGCGGCCACCCCUGCGGAGCCCCGGGGGGCAGGCUGCUGAAUGGGAGGGUCUGGCCGCGCGGCCGGCGGGGUCGGGGCGGGGGCGCUGUCACAGCCCGGCUGCAGCCCACAGGAGCCGUGUGACUGGGCAUCUGUCCCUCGGCCUCCUGCCCCGCCCCGGGCUGCCCCUGCGAGCGGAGCCACCCAAGACUGCAUGCAGAUCCUGCAGAGGACGCUUCCUCCAGGUGACAGGGAUCAGUGUCUGCUGGCUCCUGAUGACAGAUCACCUUCCCUAAGGCAAUGGCAUGGACCAAAAUGAGACAUUUCUGUCGCUGAUUGCAAAGUGAAAAAGAAGCGGGCAACAGACCCAGAGCAGCCGUGCAAAAAAGAUGGACCCCCGCGAAGACCUGGGAGUGUCCAAAUCUCUGGACUCCAGGGGGUCCGAGCCUCGGGAACCACAGGCCUGUUGCUCUGAGGCCCUGGGGAAAGGACAGGAGGAGGUGUGGAGCGAGAAAUCCCAACUGCAGAGCCCACAGGUGGAGAGCACCAACAGUGAACAGCAAGAUCGAAACAGAGUUUCUGAAGAACUUGUAAUGGUUGUGCAAGAAAUGAAAAAAUACUUUCCAUCAGGCAGACACAGUAAGCCAAGUACCCUAGAUGCUCUCAACUAUGCCCUUCGCUGUGUACACAGUGUACAAGCAAGCAGUGAGUUUUUCCAGAUUCUCAGUCAGAGUGGAACACUUCAAACAGAUGCGACCGUGUACAGUCUUGAGGAGCUGGCCACUCUUGCUUCAGGGUAUACUUCCAAAAACACAGAUACCUUUGUGGCAGUUUUUUCAUUUCUGUCUGGAAGGUUAGUGCACGUUUCUGAACAGGCUACUUUGAUCCUGAAUUGUAAGAAAGAUUUCUUGGAGUCCUCUCACUUUAUGGAACUGCUUGCUCCUCAAGAUGUGAGAGUGUUCUGUGCACACACUGCCCACACUCAGCUUCCCCUCUGGAACAAUUGGACCCAAAGAGCAUCUCAGUAUGAAUUCGCUCCGGUGAAAUCCUUUUUCUGCAGGAUCCGGGGAGGCAAAGAUGCAGAGCAAGAGAAGCAUUACUACCCAUUCAGGAUUAUCCCCUAUUUGAUACACGUACACAGAGCUGCCCAGCCAGAACCUGAGCCCUGCUGUCUCACCCUGGUGGAGAAGAUUCAUUCUGGUUAUGAAGCUCCUCGAAUCCCGGUGGAUAAAAGAAUUUUUACCACAACACACACCCCUGGGUGUGUCUUUCUUGAAAUAGAUGAAAGAGCAGUGCCUCUGCUGGGUUACCUGCCUCAGGAUCUGAUGGGAAGGUCUGUCUUAACAUAUCUGCAUCCAGAAGAUCGUUCUCUCAUGCUCACUGUACACCAAAAAGUCUUGAAGUAUGCAGGCCACCCUCCCUUUGAACACUCACCCAUUCGAUUUUGUACUCAAAAUGGAGAUUACAUCAUCUUGGACUCCAGCUGGUCCAGUUUUGUGAAUCCAUGGAGCCGAAAGGUGUCUUUCAUCAUUGGUCGCCAUAAAGUUCGAAUGAGUCCACUGAAUGAGGAUGUUUUUGCUACCAGAAUAAAAAAGAUGAACAGUAAUGACAAAGACGUAACAGAACUACAAGAACAAAUUCACAAACUUCUCUUACAGCCCGUUCCCGCCAGCGCCUCCAGCGGCUUCGGGAGCCUGGGCAGCGGCGACUCGCAGGAGCCACGCGCCAGCCUCGCGUCGUCCAGGGAGUCCGGCGGGCCUCGCGGCGAGGCCGCACGCAGGGCGCCGACGGCCUUGCAGCGGGUCUGUGCCAGCGUAAACAAGAUGAAGAAACUGGGUGGGCAGCUCCACAUCGAGUCAGCAGCGGCCAGGUCACCAGAUAAACACGCGAUGGGGACACACCCAGCGCGGCCUGGUGGUGAGCAGAAGGCCUCUUCUCCCUUACAGACAUUGAAAAACAACAGCGUGCACAUGGAGUCUUGUGAAGGUUGGAGAAAAGACCAGCAUAGCCCAUCCUAUCAGCAAAUAAACUGCAUUGACAGUGUUAUCAGAUACCUGAAGAGCUACAACAUUCCAGCUUUGAAAAGAAAGUGCAUAUCCUGUACCAAUACAACUUCUUCAUCCUCAGAAGAAGACGGACAGAACCACAAGGCACAUCAUGCCCAAGCCUUGCAAGCUGUGUCUCAGCUUCCGGCCAUAGCUAACUUGGAGAUACCGACUGCCUGGCAGUCCACACAUGCUACAGAAGGCACUCCAAGGACCCUGGCCCCAGCGGCGCUGAGCCUGGGCUCUGGCAUGAGCCAGUGCAGCUACAGCAGCACCAUGGUUCUUGCUCCACCACCAGAGUCAGAAGUGACUCCAACAGAGGAUGCUGCCCCAGUGUGUGAGCCCUGGACCCUGAGCACAAGCCCAGCUCCACUGAUGUCAGAGGAAUUUAAACACAUAGGGCUCACAAAGGCUGUCCUGUCAGCCCACACCCAGAAGGAGGAACAGAACUAUGUUGAUAAAUUACGGGAAAAGAUCUUCUUAUCGCCCUACAGAUCCUGUCUUCAGCAAGAAAGCAGAAGCAGAGCUAAACAUUUGUAUGUUCAAGGAGAUUGUGCUGGCAAGCAGACCCGAUCCACUGGCUGCAAGAAGGGGAAGAGCAAGCAGAAGAAGCUGCCGGUGCUGUCGGACAGCAGAGGCACUCAGGACACCUUCUGUCCCCACUUUGGAGGGGAGAGCGAGUCCAGGCAGCCCUGGGGCCCUGCCCUCUCCUCCUGUCUGCAGGCCCCUGGCCUGUCAUUCCCAGCUGCCAUGAUGGUUCCAAGCCUGGCUCCCUACUUCGUCCCGGCCCUCCGGAUCCCAGCCCUGCCCUCUGUCCAAAGAGAGCCUGGAGCAUCACUGACCACACUCGAUUAUCUGCUUAAGCCACCUUUACUGAAUGGCCUGCACUCUUUUCCUGCUCUCCCUUCUCCUUCCUCAGAUACUGUGAUGACCAUUUUCCUGCCUGACCCCACUGGCUGUCCCCUGUUGUCACCAUCAUUCUGUCCUUAUGCAUUCCUGGGAGCAGCAGGCUCUUCUGGAACACCACCCUUCGUAUCAGCGGUGGCUCCACACCUGGAGCAGCUGUCCUCAGUCCUCAGCCAAAGGCAGGCGGAGGGAAGAUGGGAGAUGCCACAUGGAGAGCACCACUGCAUUAACUCGAGGAGCAGCUCACCUCUACAGCUCAACUUACUGCAGGAAGACAUGCUCAGAUCCUGUGAAUCGUCAGAUCAGGGUGUCUUAGGGAGAAGUGGGAGUAAGAAGAAUCCUUUUACUGCCAGUGAACUGUCCAUGGCAUUACUUCCUGAGGAGUCUCCAUCUGGAGCGGGUUCUACAGCAUCAGGAAGCAGUGACAGCAGUAUAUACCUUGCUAGUAGUGAUUAUUCUUCUGAAAUCACCUCAAAUGGGCAGCAGUUUCAAGGUGUACAGGGAAAAGAAACAUUUCCCGGUUUAGCUGAAGAGUCUAUGUGGAGAAUAAUAAAACAAACACCUGAGUGCAUUCUGAUGACAUAUCAGGUACCUGAGAGAGUUACAGAGGCUGUACUGAGAGAGGACCUGGAGAAGCUGGCCAGCAUGCAGGGGCAGCAGCCCUGGUUCUCACGUGGGCAGAGGCAGGAGCUGGCCACUGUGCACUCCUGGAUUCAGAGCCAGACUGUCCCUCAAGGAAUAGACAUCCAGGACUGUGUCACUUGUGAAAGCAAGGAAUCCGUCCGUGUCUUCGCAGAAUCCUGUGGUCACACUCCAGCAGCGAACAGCAGUUGAGGGACUGUGGAGACACACUUGCCGGGACCCCCUGGACAACCAGACCUCUUUGUGCAUCUCUUUAAACCCCUGACUCCAAGUGACCAUGAAGUUGUCACAGAAUGUUAUGGUUUUCCCUUCUUGAUUUUUUUAAUCAGCAUCAUUUUUCUGAAGCGGAUAUCGUAUAUACAGUCUUUUAUAUCUGUUCCUGGUGCACUGAAGCUGUCAGGUUCUGAUUCCGCUGUCCUCUGAGAUUGGAUGGCCUCUAGAGAACUGUGUACACAGAUGGCACCCGAAAACAGUGGUAGCCAGAGGUAUAGCCAGAAAUAGCCCCAAACCUUGGCUUCCUUUAUUUCGUUCUGUUGUUACAGAAAUCAUUUUCCCCAUGAGAGACCUUGAGGACAUCCUACCUAAAUGGUUCCCAUAAAUGUAGUACUUUCAUCUGGUUCUUGUACAGCUUGGUACAGCUUCUCUCCAUGGCUCAGAUGAAACAUUCUCAUUUGCCCACAACACAAGUCUCUUUGGUAUUUACCAGUAGUAACAAAUACCACCCAUCGGUACUGGAAAUACCUAGUUGUUAGGGUUGGAUUUUGAGCUUUGUUCUUGUAGACGCCUUUUCUUUUAAUUUUCCACCUUCAACGGAAAUUCCCAAAGUCUUAUCCUAAUAAUCAAUCUAUUUACCAUGAGCUUAUUCCUUGGAGAGUUGAAGUUAGCUUUUGGAUGUGUGAUGUUAAAACAGAAAGAGCUCUUCGCUUAAUCAGUGAUAUUCCCCUUUCUAAUGUUUUUGUUUUUAAAAUAAUGAUUGUAAAAAGUUUCAGAAGUUAUGUAAAAAAUAAUUAUUGUUCUUUUAUGCCUUGGUGUUUAAAUGUUGCCUCACCAAAACCAACAGUUAACUCUUUCUUUCCAAUCAAUUUACACACAAGAGGUCUGGCCAUUUUUGCUGGAGAUCUGUUAAGUGCUAAGACGGGCUGCACGGUAACAGUGGGUGUCCACAAGAGCACAGCCAUCCUCAUCUUCGCAGGGGUACAGGCUUGGCCAGAGAUCAGUGCACUGCACUGGCCAGCCUUCAUUGUAUCUUCUAGGAAGUGAGUGGAUUGUUUACUUGAUAAGUUAGCUCCCUGUUCUUUAGAGAAGUCAGUAAUUCCUGCCCAGACUUGGAAUGACAGAUGACCCACGCAGACCAGAAAGAGGAAUAGAAGCAAGUAAAGGAGCAGUAACGUUUUAUCUUUAUGUAACAGGCUGAUUUUUCUUUUUGUUGUUGUUUUGUUUGUUUUAAGAAAAUACACUUCCUCCUUUCAAGUUUUAAACCUUUCUAUAAAAAUACAUCCUGAUAAUAAUUA